AUGCCCACAAAACGAGUCCGCCAGAGCGAGCGGCGCAGAUGCGUCCAGGCCUGCGCCAACUGCAAACGGCGUAAGGAGCGCUGCGAUGGCCGACAGCCCUGCAGGAGGUGUGUGAUCCGCCGAGUCGAGCGCGACUGUGCCUUUGCCAGUCCGCCGACGGCUUUCGAUGCUCCAGGAGGCGGCUCCUCGUCUGCGAGAACCCCGGAUCGUCUGGGUUCUUAUCCUCCUCUUCCUCCUCUUCUUCCUUCUCAUCCUUCUCAUCCUCCUUCUCAUCCUCCUUCUCAUUCCUCUCAUUCCUCUCAUCUUCCUUCUCAUCCCCCUUCUCAUCCCCCUUCUCAUUCCUCUCAUUCUUCUCAUCCUCCUCACGGAAGCCCGGCCGCCCACGGUCAUCAUGCCUUCAACCCGUACGGGCCAGCCGCCGCCGCCGCCGCCGCCUCCUCGUCCUCUUUUCACGGAAAUGGCAGUGUCCCGCCCAGUCACCAUCAUCACAGGCGGGCCUCGUCGUCACAGCUCAGCCACCUCUCCCAGAGCACCGUGGUGCCGCAGGUAUCCCGGCUCAUCGCCGACGGCAAGGGCCGCUUCAUGUUCAUCGGCGACGCCGCCAACCUGGCGUUCGUCAAGGUCAUCCGCCGGCUGGUCCGCGACCGGGUGGGCUCGUGUCCCUUCACCGACGACCCGCUGCGUCACAUCAUGGUCGAGGCCACCCCGGAAGGGCGCCCGAGAUGGGCCGUCACGAACCCGGCCGACGUCCCCGCCAAGCCGAGCCCGGAGCAGGCGAGAUACCUCCUCCGCUGGUACCUGCGGGCGACCAACUGCAUCCUCGACGUCUUCGACGAGGCGGAGCUGCUGGAGGACCUCGAGCACUGGCUGCGCGGCGAGCCGACGACGACGAUCCAGGACGACGAGGCCAUGGACUGCCUCUUCUACCUGGCCUUCGCCAUUGGCGCCCAGCGGUGCCCCGACGGCGACGGCGACCGCGACGACGACGCCGAGAGGUACUUCAACUACGGCCGCUUCCUCGCCGUCUCGUACGCCAUGGAGAACCCGACCAACAACACGGUGCGCAGCUACGUCCUCGUCACCGUCUACCUCCUCGGCGCCUCGCGGCGCAACUCGGCCUUCAUGCACCUCGGCGUCGCCGUCCGCGCCGCCUACGCGCUGGGAAUCCACCGGAGAGACGGCGACAUCCCGGCCCGCCUCUUCUCGGCGCAGGAGAAGGACACCCGGGAGCGCCUGUGGAAGGCCCUCCGCGUCCUCGACCUGUUCCUGAGCGCGUCCCUGGGCCGUCCGCUGGCCACCUCCGAGACCCGCGACACGGCGCCUUCGUCAUCGUCCUCGUCGUCCUCGUCGUCCUCGUCGGGCGAGGCAAAGGGGGAGGGAAACGGGGACGGGGACGGGGACCGGAUGCACUACUCGGCCUCGCUGGACCUCUGCGCCAUCUUCGAGUCCAUCCUGAACGACGUCUAUGCCAAGCGCAUGGUGUCCGCCGACGCUCUGGAGCGCAUCAGCGAGCGGCAUCGUCGUUGGGCCGCGAGGUUCAGCGACGGCCUCGCCGCCGACGGCAUGAAGCCGAGCAGGUACGUCGACGCCGCCGACGGCGAGAGGUAUCCCAACAUGGGACUCUAUUACCUGAAAAAGGCGUACUACUGGAGCAUCAUGCUGCUGUCCCGGCCGUUCCUCAUCGACUUUGUCUCGAGGAACAUUGCGCGGUCCCAGGCGUUGUCGACAACAUGGGGCGACGAUACACACACACAUCCCCAUCCAAAUACUCAUACUCAUACACAUACACAUACACCACAGUCGUCGCAGCCGUCGCCGUCGAGUCAGCUCCUCGUCCACGCCUGCGUCGACUCGGCGAUCCGCACCGUCGACCUCCUGUCGAGCCUCAUAUCGGACAAGAACGUCGCCAAGCGGCACCCCUUCGUCAUCAACUCGGCCUUCGUCUCGGCGCUCGUCCUCGGGCUGGCCAUCUUCGGCGACCUGGACACCACGUUCCCGCUGGACCGCGGCCUCGACGACGCGCGGGCGCUCCUGCGCAAGUUCAGCCGGCACGACCCGGUCGCGAGCAGGGAGCUGUCCAUCGUCGAGCACCUCCAGGGCGCCUGCGUGCUGUACAGGGAGAGGCGGGCGCGGCGCAAGAUGGAGUGCCAGGGCGUGCUGAUCGGCGAGCUCUUCGGCACCGUUCACGAGGGCGCCCCGGCGACGACGGAGAUGUUCAGGACGGGGCCGGGCUUCUUCCAUCGGGGAGCCGGUGGCCCCGGGCUCGGUCUCGGUCUCGUAGACCACAGACACAGAGGCGGUUCGGAGGCGGGGGAGGUGAGCAGUGUGGAUCAGACUGUUUCCUUGACGACCGGGAGCACGGAUGGGCCGUCGAUGAUGGACGGCGAGGCCGGUCGAGGGCCGAACGCGCCCCCGAUGGACAUGUUUCUCCCCAUGUCGCCGAGGACGCUGCUUUUCGACUCGUACGGCCAAGACAUGCCCUUCUUCCCUACCAUAGAUGCCAGCUUGACGCAUCUGGGCUACGCGGAUGAUGUGAUGCUGUCUGAUACGGGCGUCUUGCCCGAGCCUGCAUGCUAG